GCUUCCGCGAUCGACUCGCUUAAUUGUUGUGCUAUAGCGUGUCUCUUUCAUCUAUUUCUACGCAUCGUUUACAAUUCCGAGCUUCCGGAAGAGUCUCUCAAUAUGAUCUCAAUUUGGUACCAUAUAUCUCUGUUCGUCGUUCUCGCUAACUAGAAUCCGAGUAUGCUCCCGAUAGGGUGGAAUAUUGGAUGCCCAGAUAAAUCGCAAAGAUGACCGGGAAUCAUCUUUCCUGGCUCAGUACAUAACGACCCGCUGUCUACAAAAGCUUGAUCUGAUGAGACCAAAGAUAAUUGGGUUUGCCAAGUACUUUGAAAAUCACUCUUUACGAUGAUGUUUUCUACUUUGAGAACUGCGACACUUGCGGCCUUUGUCACUUCACAUGCCUACGCUUGUUGGGACAUCGGGCAAGAGGUGCAGACAACUAGUGGAACCAUCAAAGGACAUGCGUCGUCAUGGCAGUCGGAGGUGUCGGAAUAUCUAGGCGUUCCAUACGCGAAGCCACCUGUUGGUGAUCUGCGAUUUGCAGCUCCGCAGCCAUAUACGGGAAACGGGUCUAUUGACGCUGCCAAAUUUUCUCCCGACUGUCCGGCGGCCAUUGCGCCAACGACAGGACCAGCGUUUCAAAACCUUCCACCCUUCGCAGAGAAAUUGGCCAACAUAUUGGGGCAAAAAGGAGAUGUGUUCGACGAAGACUGCUUGACGUUGAACAUUUGGACCAAGCCCCAGACGGGUGAGAAGGCGAAGGCGGUGUUGCUCUGGAUUUACGGAGGUGGCUUCAAUUCCGGAAACUCUCAGAGCCCUGCCUACAAUGGCGCCCGUCUUGCAAAUGAUAUGGACGUUAUAGUCGUCAGCGUCAACUAUCGUGUCAACAUCUUCGGAUUUCCAGGUGUCUCAUUUGGGACGGGCUUGAAUGGCGGUCUUCUCGAUCAACGUCUCGGCGUCGAAUGGGUUCGCGACAACAUUGCCAAAUUCGGCGGUGAUCCGGAGCGCAUCACACUAUUCGGGCAGAGUGCCGGUGGCUCUUCCGUAGACAUCUACUCAUUUGCCUGGACCGAGGACCCCAUUGUCCACGCUUUCAUCCCGCAGUCUGGAACGGCGAGUAACACCAUGGUUGGUGGCCGAGAUACCAGCGGCGGCUGGUAUUCAGCGAGCGAGAAGCUCGGCUGCGGUGGCCGCGAUGCAGGUGAAGCCACCCUUGCGUGCAUGCGAUCGAAGCCCUGGCAAGCUAUCGUGAACGCGACCACUCCGGAGGGUGGUGCUCUUGCGGCGUUGACUGCCUUCGCGCCGACAGCGGAUAAUAAGACCGUAUUUCCGGACUACAAUGCUCGUCGUGCGGCAGGUAAUUUUGCGAAACUGCCUACGUUGGUCGGCAACACAGACAAUGAACUGUCCCUCUUCACCCUCCUUGCCUGUGUCGGUGGCAACUCCACAAACUGCACGCAAACUGACUCUGGCGCCGGUGGUGUGCUGAACGGGGCAUUUAGCUGUCCUGCCGCUUCAGCAGCGAAGGCACGCGCGGACGCAGGUGUGAAAGUCUGGCGAUAUCUGUACGCCGCAACAUGGCCGAACCAGGACAUCGGCGUCCAAGGCGCCUGGCAUGGCGCUGAACUCGCCCCCGUUUUUGGGACGUCGGAGUUCGUUUCCGGGAUGCCUGACAUUCCGGCGGAGAGGAAUUUUAGCCAGAUCUUGAUGUCGGCGUGGAGUGGUUUCGCAAAAGACCCGGAGAAUUACCUGCCGAGGCUUGGGUGGCCAGUGUAUGACCCUACCAAGAACACGCUCAUCAAGCUCGGCGGUCCCAACUCCCCUGAUAUCACUUUCAUCAACGCAACCUCGGUUGACUCUGGCUGUGCUCUCCUGGAAAGUCUUGCUGCCAACCCUAGCGGUAGCGGAGGCCUCGGAGACCUACUUUCGGGAGGUGGAAGUUCGGGCUUGGGUGCGUUCUUUGGCGGGUCACGGCGAGGGCGACGAAGUGCGCCGAUGACCAGGCCACGAGGGCCAGGGAGGCAUUGACGGGGGAUUGGAGCAACACCCAAACAUCGUGCGUGAGUCACCGGAAAAAAGCGAUCGCAUACCAGUCGCAAACAUUGUGCUCGUUCGAUUUUCAACCCAUUUAAGGACGAGAUUAAAUUGCUGUGGAAGAUAUCGAGGAGCACGGUCGAGGAAAAUGAGAAAUAGCCAUGGAAUAUACUAUAAUUGCGAGAGCAAGAAAAGAGAUAAUUUUUCCUACGGGUCGCUGAAAACUAGUCGAUCAUUGUGCAGCGCCAUCCGUUUGUUCGUCAUCAUAGAUUC